AUGACUGUGACACAACCAUUAUUUCAACGUUUACCACAAACCAUUGUACCGUUGCAUUAUGAUUUGACAAUAAAACCAAAUUUAGAAAAAUUUACAUUCGAUGGAAACAUUGUUAUUGAUUUAAUAGUGUGUACACAAGCUUGUACUGUUGAAUUUGAUAAAGAAGCUGAGCGUAUUAAAGUUCAAUGUUCAAGGAACAUAGAAAAAGGUGAUUAUCAGUUGAGUUUGAAAUUUGCUGGUGAAAUAAAUAAUAAAAUGAAAGGUUUUUAUCGUACAAAAUAUAAGACUCCAGAAGGUGAAACAAGCUACGGUGCCAGUACACAAUUUCAACCAGUAAAGUCAGAAUCAGACUACUAUUCUGACGAUGAUAGACAGUGGAAAGUAACUAAGUUUGAUCGUACUCCUAUUAUGUCAACUUAUCUCGUUGCAUUUAUCGUCGGUGAUUAUGAUUUUGUUGAAACAAAAGAUUCAAAUGGCGUUAUUCUGAAAGUAUACACGCCUCUUGGAAAGAAAGAGCAUGGAAAAUUUGCAUUAGAAGCUGGUUCAAAAAUCUUACCGUUUUAUGCCGAUUAUUUUGGCAUAAAAUAUCCGCUGAAGAAACUGGAUAUGAUUGGCAGUCCAGGUUUUUCAGUUGGUGGUAUGGAAAACUGGGGCUUAAUCAUUUACAACGAAACUGCCUUGUUAAUUGAUCCAAAGUUCUCGUCUAUGGACAAUCGACAGACAGUAGCAUGGGUUGUCGCUCAUGAAUUAGCCCAUCAAUGGUUUGGAAAUUUAGUUACAAUGGAUUGGUGGACUGAUUUAUGGCUAAACGAAGGCUUUGCAACUUGGAUUCAAUUUCUUGCUGUUGAUAAAUUUUUUCCUGAAUUUGAUUUUUGGACACAGUUUGUUGCCCAUACAUUCGCUCGUUUCCUUGUACCCGACGCAUUACAGUCUUCUCAUCCAGUUGAAGUACCAAUUGGUCAUCCGGCUGAAAUUGAUGAAAUAUUCGAUGAUAUUUCCUAUUCAAAAGGUGCGUCUGUUGUUCGAAUGUUACAUGAUUAUAUUGGUGAUGAUGCAUUUAGAAAAGGCUUACAUAACUAUUUGGAAGAAUAUAGUUAUAAAAAUACUGUUACAGAAAAUCUUUGGACACAUUUAGCAAAUAUUUCGAAUAAACCAGUAAGCGAUGUCAUGGGUGGUUGGACAUUGCAAAUGGGCUAUCCUCUCUUGACUGUUCACGAACAGCAAUCUGGAAAUCAACGUAUUGUGACCCUUAAACAACAGCGGUUCAUUGCUGAUGGGAGUAAAGAUAAAGAAAAUUUACAAUGGCAAAUUCCUGUUACAUUCGUUUCUAAAUCACAACCGAAUAAAGUAUUGAAACAAGUGUUAAUGGAUAAGCCGGAGAUAUGUGUAACUUUGGAUAAUGUGAAAGAAGAUGAUUGGAUUAAGCUGAAUCUAAACUCGAUUGGACUUUAUCGUAUAAAAUAUGAACAAAAAACAUUGGAACGUCUAGGCGAUCCCAUUUCGACCAAAAAAAUUACACCACAAUGUCGUCUUAUGAUUCAAAAUGAUUUGGCUGCACUUUGUUUUGCUGGACAUCAAUCAUUUAUUGAUUAUUUAAAGUUAUUGUUAGCAUAUAAAGACGAAGAUAACUUUACUGUUUGGAAAUCAAUUGCAUCGAACAUUGGUGAUAUCUCUUCGUUGUUGGAAUAUACAAAUUACUUUGAAGAAAUGAAAAAGUAUUGUCUUCACAUUUUUUCAACAAUUCAGAAGAAACUUGGAUGGGAUCCAAAGUCUGAUGAAGACCCCUUAUCUGCUAUCCUUCGUCCAUUAAUCCUUGGUAUCGUCGGUAAAUCCGGUGAUCAAGCUAUUAUUGAUGAAGCGAGAAAACGAUUUGACCGACAUUUAUCGGGUGAUCAAAUUGAUCCAAAUAUCCGUAGUGCUGUGUAUGUGUUAGUUUCAAGAUUUGGAGAUGAAUCAACGCAAGACAAGUUGAGAAAACUUUAUUUAUCUGCUGAGACGGCUGAAGAAAAAGUUCGUCUACUACGCUCAAUGGGUCAAACACACAAUCCAGAACUAAUAAAGAAAACACUUCGAUUUAUCUUGGAAACUGAUGAUGUUAGGAUACAAGACAGCUAUAUUGGUCUGGCUGGCUGUACAACCAAUAGAGUUGGACGUGAAUUAGUGUGGCAUUAUUUACGUGAAAAUUGGAAAAAAUUAGCCGAGAAAUUCGGAGAGAAAAGCCGUUUCUUAAUUUUUUUUGUUAACGUUUUGUCUGACUUUGCUGAUCAGAAAACGUCAACUGAAAUAAAGAAAUUUUUUGAUUCAACUAAUACACCGAUUGUUACACGUCCGGUAAAUCGAAUAGUCGAGAAAAUUCAUAUGCGUGCGCAAGCGUUAAAACGAGACUCAAAAGCUAUCGAAGAUUACUUUAUUUGUCGUAGUAAAGUUGUUUAG